AUGCCUUCAAUUAAAACACCAAAUCGUCAUGGUUAUUCUGUGAAAUUUUCACCAUUUCAUUCACGCAAUAUUGUGGUGGCAACUAGUCAACAAUAUGGAAUGAGUGGAAAUGGAACAUUAUUUUAUUUUUCAUAUGAUGAUGAAAAUAUUUCCUUUAUUCGACAAUAUGAAUGGGAUGAUGGAUUAUUUGAUGUGGCUUGGUCUAAUCUUAAUGAAAAUUUAGUUGUUACAUCAUCUGGUGAUGGUAUAAUGCAAUUAUGGGAUCUUAAUUCACCAUUAAAAAAUCCAAAACCAAUACAAUUAUAUUCAGAGCAUAAUGCUGAAAUAUACAGUUUAGAUUGGGGUAGUUUUUGGCAUUCAAAUAAUAUAUUAAGCGCCAGUUGGGAUAAUAAACUGAAAAUAUGGGAUCCAACACGUGGUAAUUCAUUAUCAACAUUUGUAAUGAAUAGAUCAUCAAUAUCAUCACAAUCAACAUUAAUAACAAAUGAUAUAUUAAUAUAUCAAGCAGCAUAUGCACCAUUUAUACCAAAUAUAUUUUCAAGUGUAAGUACUGAUGGUAAUUUAUGUUUAUGGAAUUCUUUAGAUUUUUCAGGUAAUCCAAUUGGUAAAAUUAAAGUACAUAAUGAGGAAGCAUUAUCAUUAGAUUGGAAUAAAUUUAAUCAUUGGAUGUUAGCAACCGGUGGUUCUGAUGGUCUUAUUAGAUGUUGGGAUAUAAGAAAUAUUAAAGAUGAUAGUCCUGUAUAUGAAUUUUUAGGUUCAGAAUUAAUGGCAAUUAGAAAAAUUAAAUAUUCACAAUGUUUACCAAAUAUUUUGGCAACAACAAGUUUUGAUUGUACAACAAGGAUUUGGGAUAUUGAAAAUCAAGAAGAAUCAAUACAAAUUUUAAAAGAUCAUGAUGAAUGUAUUUACGGAUUAGAUUGGAGUUAUAAUAGAGAUGAUUUAAUUGUUGAUUGUGGUUGGGAUUCUAAAAUUAAUAUCAAUUCGGUCACGUCUUUGAUUAAGUGA